AAAAAAAUAUGUCCCCAGACAUUUAUUUUUAGAUUCACACUGACAAUUUCUGGGGCCACUGUAUUUGAAAUGUUCAUUGUACUGGUUUGGAGUGUAACUUCUGAGAUACUCUUUUUUUUCCAAGAGGGAAAAAUGUAAAAAUGCCUUAUAUACUGUAGAGAACUUAUAGAGUUCUCUUUUCUGCACAUACUGUUCAUGUUGUUUCAAAAGUGAGUGGGGGAAAUAAAAGAUGUUGAAAUUCAUCUCUCACUGAAGGUUACUCUAUUUAUCUAUCCAGUCUACAGCAAUGCAAGCUGCCUGGAACCCGCCAGUGGGUGGGCGUAACCAAUACAGGGCUGCACAUUUAUGUUCCUCGGGGGUUGUUAGGACUCCUGGAGUUGUUAUAAAUUCGUACAUGUUCCUCAGGAUCUGUUCUCCUGGACUGACAGAUUAUAUCCUUGGAGAUUACAGACUUGGAUUGAGGAACACAAUGAACGAGGAGCGGAUGGAGAACGGAAUAGACUCCGAUGACGAUCUUCAACUCGAGGAGAUACCCGAUUACCUGAUAGACAGGAGAAGAGCCAAGUCCUUACCUGCGUAUCCCGAGCAGGUGAACCUUUACCACCAAAUCUCUCAGAACUGCAGGAAACGCGUAAAGUUCGCGGAUGCGCUCGGGUUAAAUCUGGCCAGCGUGAGACACUUCAGCACCAACGAAGAUCCCCAGAUUCCUGCCCAGGUGCUCUCCAGGCUGAAAAGUUUUUCUCUUAAUCACGACCGAGACUUCAUGGAUGACUUGUGCGUAAACCUCAAGACAAAUUUGACACAGGAGCGCCUGGUACCGGCUUUCAAGAUGCCCGUGGACUCCGGUGACUUGGAGACGCGGCUUACGCGCUGUUGCGUCGCGUUGGAAAGCGUCACGGUCACACAGUUUGAUGUGCGUGGGAUCGUAAGAGCGAUGAGCACGAGUAACAGGAGAGAGGUUGGUGUCAGGUAUACUUUCAACGACUGGCUGUCUUCCGUGGACGCUCAAGCCAUUCUGAUGCCCACCGAGCACAAAACGCACGGAGAGCGCUUCUCCUUCACCGUGUACACGCCUCCCUUCUUGGAUCCAAGCGCAUCUGUUCAUUUCGCUGUGUACAUGAAGGAUGAUAACUGUGAAUUUUGGGAUAACAAUGAUGGACUGAACUAUUCACUGAAGUACAGCUCGACAUCGUGUGAGACUGAAGCUUAUAUAAAGUGAGAUGGGCAUGCGCUUUUACGCACUGGCACGCUGCUUCAAUGCAAGGGAUUCUUUGGUGCGUUUUGACCUUAGAAAUGAUAAACACACACACACACACACACACACACACACACACACACACAAACACACACUUUCAUGAAGUUUUGUACCUGACUGUACCUUAAAGGCAUUGUUCACCCCAAAAUGUCAAUUCUGUCAUCAUUUACUCACCCUCAUGUCCUUCCAAACCCGCACGACUUUCUUUUUUUCUAUGAAACACAAAAGGACAUGUUUAGCAAAACGUCUCUGCUGCUCUUUUCCACACAAAGAUAGUGACAAAAGAAGCAAAGGCAACAAAAGUAUCAUAAAACGGGUCCAUGUGUCAUAUACGACAAAACCAAGUAUUCUUAAGCCUUUGAGGAACAGACUGAAAUUUAAGCUGUUAUUUGCUGAAAGUCUUACCCUACACUGUAACUCUCAAAACUUGUGCUUGCAUUCAGUAUGUAUAAUUCAAACUGUCUCAAGACACGCAACACCAAUGAUUUUUGAUGUGUAUGAUACAAGCGCGCAUGAGAUUUGAGAGCUAUGAUGCAGAGGAAGAUUUUCAGCAAAUAACAACUAAUAGCAAAUACAAAUUUUGGUCUGCUCAUUACAAAAAGCGAAUCUAUGGCUUCACAAGAAUUAGAAUAAAGUGCACAAGUUGUAUGGACUACUUUUAUGUCACUUAAAUGUUUUUUUUUUUUUUUUUUUUUUUUUUUGUUGAGCUUUACAGCCUCAGUCCCCAUUCACAUUCAUUGUAAGGAAAAGAGCACCUUAUCACUCAAAAAAAUAAUUUAGCCAAUUUGGGGUUGGUCCAGUAAGCCAACCUUAAUGGAAAAUGCUGACCACCUUCCAUUUCAAGUGCAUAUCAGAAAGGAUGGAGAAUAUUCCGAACAUGUGCAAGGGAUCACAAACAUCGAAAGAACUAAAUCCCUUUGGCUGGACUGUUGGGGGCAAGCACUGAAGGUGUGUGGACACUUAUUGUAUUUGUUCGAUUUCUUCUUUAUAUUGACUUUCAAAAAUAAACCCACCCUGAAAGUAUUUAUUGGAGUUAAAUGACAACCAGCUCUUGUCUUACUAUAUAUAUAUAUAUAUAUAUAUAUAUAUAUAUUGGCUAGAACACUGAUGCAACACUUUGAAAAAUGGAGGAGAAAGGAGUUUAGAAAAAAAAUGGAACAUUAGUUAAUUGAAAUAGGCCUGAUACAUCCCUGUACAUUAGUACAUUACACUGUACACUGAUACAUUAAUUGUGGGUGUUUUAGUUUUUGAGAGCAAACAGUCCAUAUAUUUUAAAGGAGGUGAAGUUAUGAAGUUACCUCUAAAGUCAACAGCAAGUAGCAUAUCUGACCCUUACAUUACUUAACACAUAAUCAAAUGUAUAUUAUUAACUGCCUAAAUAGAGCAAAUGCAUUACAUCUGACUUAAAUGCAAAGAUUUAAGAUGUUAAAACAUAACAAAAUGGUAUGCAAACUCAUAUUUUAAACUGGCUUCAAAAAUCACUGCUUUGAAUGGGUCUAUUUAAAUACAGUAAAUCUCCCUCAAAGCAAAGAGAACAUUUAGUGUGUAUUCAUGUUUACAUUUUGUUUGACAUUUUGAUUUAAUGUUAUGGGACUACCUGUCAAAUACUUUGAGCCAAAAUAGCUCCAAAUGAAAUAUCCAAUAAAAAGUGUUACUUUAAUUCUCAUGAACACUGUAAUGAUUAAUGCAAAAAUGCCUCUGUCAAAAGUAUGUGCCUCAUGAAUAAAUGUAAAUUUGCAUGCAUAAUUUUAUUUAGAUCUCACCAUCUCUGUUUACAUGACACAGUUAUAACUGGGCCACAUAUUAAACUAUGAACAAACAUGCUUUAGCAAAACUGUUUGCUUUUCUAUGCACAACCUGCCUCUCUUUUUUUAUCAUCAAUGAUUGAAAACUAAUAGAAUGAGCUAUUUUAAAACAAUCGGAUCAAUGUGGAUGAUACACAGAGUAGAAACGGGUUAGAAAUGACUAUAUAGAGCAGUGCAUGUUGUCAACUGCUUCAGGACACAGAUUUUAUAUUAUGAAUGAAGUGGCAACCCAACACAAUGCUUAAAAUCAAACAUGAAAUGUAUUAACAUUACAAUGAACUGUAACUGUUUGGUUCAGCCACCAAAUCAGACAGAAGGAAACUACAAUGGACAGUCAGGACUGCUGAGAGGGUUAUUGGUGCCCCCCUGCCCACCCUCCAAGACCUGUAUGUCUCCAGACUGAGGAAACGUGCAGGUAGAAUCACUCUGGACCCCACACACCCUGACCACUCCCUCUUUGAACUGUUGCCCUCUGGCCGGCGCUACAGAGCAUUGAGUACCAGGACAUCCAGGCACAAGAACAGUUUUUAUCCUCAGGCCAUUUUCCACAUGAACAAUUAAACUGCCUCAGGACUCCCCUAUAGUGCAAUAAUGUAAAUACAUAUCUCAUGUACACAUGUAAAUUCACAUAUUUAAUUCAAUAACUGUACAUACCCCUACCUUGCACAUACAUUAACACUUGCACAUGUACAUACACCAUUCUGUUAUAUGUCCUACUAUUUGUAUGUCUGUUUAUACUCUUACCUUGUUUUAUAUUCUGUGUCUAAAUGUAAUGUUCUGUGUGCACUUGUUUCUCCUAUCAUCCAAAAAAAAAAAAAAAAAAAUAAUAAUAAUAAAUAAAAAAUAAAAAUUC